AUGCUGGAAGUGACGGCGCUCCUGGCGGUGACUGUGGUGGUAGCGGUCACAGCCGUGGUCGUAUCCAGGAAAUGGCGCCUCUGGAGCGAGAUAGACAAGCUCCCUGGAGCGGUGGCCAUACCCUUGCUGGGAAAUACCUACAACGUUCUCUUCCUCCCUCGUGAAGAUCUAAUUGCUUUCGCGGACGAACAAACCAAGAAGUACUGGCCCAUACAUCGAACAUGGAUUGGUCCUAAACCGGAAGUCCACAUAAGCAAACCGGAGCAUCUUGAGAAAAUAAUGACGAGCAGCGAACUGAUAACUAAAGCAGACAGCUACAGUUUCCUUCACCCGUGGUUGGGGGACGGCCUUCUCACUAGCACAGGGAAGAAGUGGCAUUCUCACCGCAAGAUGAUAACUCCCGCCUUCCACUUCAGCAUCCUGGACAAUUUCGUAGAAGUAUUCGCAGAGAAAGCUGAGGUUUUGGUAAACUUACUCAAGACGAAAGCUGACGGGCAGUCGUUCGACAUUUACCCCUACAUCACACGUUGUGCUCUCGACAUAAUAUGUGAAACUGCUAUGGGGACCUCAAUCGACGCACAGCACAACAUCGAUUCUGAUUAUGUAGCAGCGGUGUACAAUAUUGCCGAGCUUACGAUUAAGAGAGUCGUCAGGCCAUGGCUUCUGAGUGACUUCAUCUUCCGCUUGUCUCCGACGGGGAAGAAGUUCUACAAGCAGCUGGAUGUUCUACACGGGUUUACCAGGAAGGUCAUUCAACAGAAAAAGCAGUCGAGAAAGACCCAAAAAAGUGACGAAAAGGCGGCACAGUACGAUGAUCUUGGGAGAAAGCGGCGUGUGGCCUUCUUGGACAUGCUCCUCGUCGAGUCUGAGGAUGGGCAGAAACUAACUGACAAAGAGCUGCAGGAGGAAGUGGACACUUUUAUGUUUGAGGGUCACGACACGACCACAGUUGGCAUGUCCUGGGUUCUCAUCCUGCUGGGGCACCAUCCAGAUGUACAGGAGAGAGUUUACGCCGAGCUGAAAGACAUAUUCCAAGACGAGCAGAGAGCACCGACAAUGCAGGAUCUGAAUAACAUGAAAUAUCUCGAAAUGGUAAUCAAGGAAUCCUUGAGAAUUUAUCCAAGUGUGCCUUUCAUCCAACGCAGGGCCACUCAAGAUGUACAAAUAGCCGGCUACAACAUCCCAGAGGGGACCACACUGACGCUGCACAUCUACCACGCCCACCGUGACCCCGACCACUGGCCGGAUCCGGAGCGCUUCGACCCGGACAACUUCCUGCCGGAGAGGGUGCAGGGCAGGCAUCCCUUCGCCUACGUGCCUUUCAGUGGUGGCCCGCGCAAUUGCAUUGGCCAGAAAUUCGCCGUCCUCGAAGAGAAGACAGUGCUGUCGUACAUCUUACGCAACUUCCGCGUGGAGACGGUGGAGAAGCGGGAGGACCUGAAGCUGAUAGGCGAGCUGGUGUUGCGGCCUUUCAAGGGCGUCUUCCUAAGGCUGACUCCGCGGUAG